AUGGAAGAGAAUCGACCAGAACUCUCGCGCAGUCGUGCCUCAUUCAAUCCCGAAGCAGCCACCUUCAGUCCGGCACCGGCCAAAAUUGGAGCAGCAGACAUUGAUACCAAGCUAACUCUCUGCAUGAAACCUCCGCAAAAAUUGGGCGUCCCGGGAAUGUACGAAGAAGAUUCUCCCUUUCGGCCUUCCAGAGAGAUGCGCCCCGACUACCAGGCAUACAGUGGACCGAGUAUCCCACAACUUGCAGACACCCAGUCGGACCAGCUGGAUAUGUCAUUUCCCGAUUUCCAUGAGAUGCUGCAUGCCCUAAGUCAAGCUGAAAACCAAGCGGCACAGAACCCUGGUACUUCGAUGGAAUCCAUCCACACCGCAACGCCCUAUCAGUCACGAUGGGUUUGGCCUACACAGCGCUAUUCGCCCAGCUUCAGCGCCCCAGAAGUCGAAGAGCUUAGCACCAGUCUUGGACUCCCCGGCAUAGCGGGGAAGGGAAAGGCGCGUGCCGACUCAACGGCACGCCCCAGUAAUCUCCCCGACUUCAAAAGUCCUGCUAGCACUAAUCUUCAUGCCCGCUUCCUUAACGCACAGGGUGUCGCAGAUCAUACGGCUAUAGGACCUCAGAAUCUUCAUAGCUAUGGCUUUGGCACGCAACAAGAGCGGGAGAUUGGGGAAGAUCCGCCCACCAGAACUGUACAGCCACCCCCGGGUUUUGCUGGAGAGCGUCCCCGCGAGAUUGUUGAAGAAGAUCAAGCUAGUAGAACUGUACAACCACCUCCUGGAUUUACCGGAGAACGCUCCCGCGAGAUCUUUGCCGAAAAGCGCGGUACCAACUUUGCGGAUAUCCUCGAGCCGCAAGUUGUGACUGCAGGUCCUUCAGCAAUUAGACACCCCCGCCGAUUUAAUGACCUCCAGUCCGCCGUCCAAGCCCUGCAACAGAGGAGCCACACAAACCGCCUGCCGCCCAAUAGAGUCACCCGCCCGCGAGCAGCCACCCGCACCAAGCGUUCCGACCAAGGCCCCGAGCCCUCAUCCGCCGACAUCUACCCAGACGACGCACCCUACCUCUCUACCCGGCGCCCCUCCUACGUGCCGGACCCUGCCCUCGUAUUCCACGGCUACCCCUCGCAUGACCGCGGCUUCAAACCCCAAGACACAACAUCCUGGCCCACACCCGCAGAAGUCUACGCUGAAAACCCCGUCCAAGGUCCCACUCACACCAGUUCCUCCACCAAAAAAGACGUCGAACCGGAAUUCGAUCUCUUCAAAGACCACCACGACCCUACUGACGAUGAUAUCCAUGAUCCCGACGCUGACAUCGAUGCUUUGCUCAGUGCUAUCCCACACCUCUUAGACCUCGACGUGCCGGAGCUGGAGUGCGAUCCGCGUCCGUUGACGCCGGGCCAGAUCGAUGGGUCGCGGUAUGGCAUGCGGUUCCAUGGCAUUGGGCUGGGAGAUAGGUGGAUGGGUCCCGAUUUGAGUGGUGAUCCGAACAUCCAGGUCUCUUGGUGA